AUGGUUUCUCAAGAUGAUGAAUUCGUUGUUCCUCACAUGGAUUUAUCUUGUUUGCAAAAUUCAAUAGCAUAUCAGAAAGUUCUUGAAGAACCUUGGACUUACCUUCACAAUUGGGAUUCUCUAACUCCCAGUGUUCAACAAGAGGUGGCACAAAACUUCCUAAGUGAACUAAGCUCACUUAAAACUGAAAUGGCGGUUACCCAAGGUGUAUUUGAUCCUUCCAUGUUUGUUAAUCAGGAUGCUCCGUGUGAUACAGCAGUUUCUGGACAAAAUGGUAAUACAACAGAAAAUCAUGCAAACACCAAGUAG